AUGGAACUUGGCCCAUAUCUUGCCUUCGACGGAAUAAACUAUGAGUGUGCUCUUUGUGAGAGGGACUUUGCUUCUGAAGGCUCCCUCUACGCACACUGCAGAAACACGUCCCAACACGAUUGGUGCGAGAGACAUAAUAUUUGCUUACGAUGUCCCUCAUCACAAGAUUUCGAGACUCAUGCCGAGCUUGAUGAUCACCUAAUGGGAUCUCAUCACUUUUGUUCAGACUGCAAUCUUUACCAUGAGUCCGCUGAGAAACUUCGAGAGCAUGAUAUUGACAAGCAUCACUUGUGUGUCAAGUGUGAGAGAUACUUUGCGACCAAGAAUAAUUUAGAAAUGCACCAACAGAAACAUCAAGCCCGAACGAUGGAAUGCUGCGGUUGCUACAAGACAUUCAAGUCCUUCUCUGGAGUCCUGAUCCAUCUCGAGUCUGGGAGCUGCCCAUCAAACAUUACCGAGGAAGAAAUUGAUGAAAUAGCCCACGAAUGCUAUCAAAAUAGGAAGUAUACCAAUGAAGGACUUGAAGAUGGAGGCUGGCUUUACAAGUGCCCUCACUGCGAGAUAGAGUUCUCAAAGCUCUCAGGACUUUAUCAACAUGCGGAAGAUGUUCCAUCUUGUUCUUUCCUUAUCAAGGGGUACGGCUGUUUGGCCAAAUUGGAACGUUUCAUAGCUCGCAGUCUGGGGUAAUAGUUGAAAAAGGGUUCUCCGGUUUUCGGUGUCAACUAGAUUUUCGUGAUCAAGUUAGCUUAUGUUGUCACGGUAAACCCAACCAUGCCUGAAAAGAUAUCUCCGAAUCUGUCUGGACCUUUCACUGCCUCGGCAUACGAAUUUGAUUAUCUUUGGGCAUUUAUGAAGUUGUUUUUUGGAUCGGAGUCUGAUUCCUGGGGAAGGGCUAGGGGACGUUCCGCAGUUGCUCUUAAUACCAUUCAGGUAAGGGUCUGCGGGAUUGUGGGUACGGACCGCAGUACGCCGCAACCACUUGUCUCUUCUAUGGGUGGUCCUGGCUAUUGAUCCUCAAUGUCAUUGGCCACGAGCCCCGGUUUCUGCAGCCGUUUCUGCCUUCAGUCUUCGAAAUUAAAAU